CAAUAUUUGACAUAAAAGCUAUAAGUAGAGUUGUCUAUGGUUAUUCUUAGAGAAUAAUUUUAUCACCGGCAGUGUAAUUUUCAUUUUCACAAAUAUUUAAAGCAAUAAUACAUUUGCGCGAAUGCUAAUUCAACUUCCUUAAACAUGGAAAACGAUAUUUUGGACUCGUUAAACGAUUUGGGCUAUGAAGGCCCACUCUCCGAUGAGGCAGCGUUUUCCAAGGCUCUGGAAGGUGGCCCCAAGUCCUUAGAGUUCACCAAGCUGGUCCACAUCUUGGCUGAAGAGAUCAAAACAUUAUGCAACCUCGAGGAGACAGUCAACAUGAUGAAUGAUGUCGACGAGUCCAGCUCUUUCUUGUUGGAGCUCAGUUCUUUUCUGAAGGAACUCAAGUGUCCUUAUAAGAAGUUGGUUACAGGUCACAUGUCUUCCCGAUUACAAACAAAAGAGGAUCGGCUGUUACUCCUGGAUUACUUACUGUCGGAGCUGAUGGCAGCUCGCAUGGUCAACGUGGACUGUCCUAAGGAAAAGCAGGGUGCGGGCAUGGAGAUUGUUAUGCAAGAAUCGCCCACAGCCAAAGACUUGAAGGACAUAUUAAUAGCCCUGAAGUUCAACAAGCCGCCUCCCAACAUUACACCAGAGAUGUUGUUCUCCAAACUUGAAACUAAGCUUAAGGAUACCAUACAGAAAGAAGGCGACCAACUAGUAGGCAAGCCGUUAUACAACAAAGCGCUUACAGAGAAGGAUUGGAAACAGUUAGAGGCUGCCUUCACAGAGAUGUAUGAAGAGUACCGGUUGAGGAGAGAAACGCUCAUCACUCGGUUAGAGUGUACUAUACAGAGUUUUGAGUGGUCAGACCGCCUAAAAUCAAAGAAAGACGUGAUCCAGUCCACGUACCGUCCCAAACGUGAGCUCCUCAAAGUGAAGCCGGACGUCAAGCUGUCAGACUUCCUCGCAGCCAGGACUGCACUGCUACAUGUGGAGAAGACUUCCAGUGCUACUGUCAGGAAGAACACUCAGACUGAUGUCAAUAAAGUUAUUAUUGGACAGGUGCCAGACAGAGGAGGUCGUCCCAAUGAACAGCAAGCACCACCUCCUGAAAUGCCUUCAUGGCAACAGAGAAAUGCUGGCGGCGGUGGUGGCGGUCGAGGCGGGCGAGGAGGCGGCGGAGGUUACAAUAACGCACAGCCUUCAUACAACAACGCACAGGGAGGUCAAGGUCAAGGUCACGGUGGAGGUCAAGGUCAUGGUCAUGCCGGAGGGCAGGGCGGCGGCAGAGGAGGACGAGGAGGAAGGGGACGAGUUCAGGGAGGAUAUAGUCAGGGGGCUGGUGAUCAUGGCAGGCCUCAAAACAGAAAUUAUCAAACGUACGAGGUGCCUCCCGGCGGGUACAACAAUCAAGGUCAUUCUUACCAAGGUCAAGGUCAGGGUCAGGGUCACCAGAGUCACGACUAUAACCAGCAUGGAGGUUAUAACCAGUAUGCGCAGGGCGGGUACGAUAGUAUGGGCAGCUUUAAUCAAGGAUAUCAAGGAGGCGGCGGCGGCGGCGGCGGUGGCUACAAGAAACCUUACCAAAACAACCAAGGUUACCAUGGCAACCAGGGUUAUCAGUCCAACCAGGGUUACCAGCCUAACCAGGGUUAUUCCCGAGGUGGCUAUCAAAACGAACACGACGACAGGGACCGACGCGGCCGCGGACAAUACAGGGGGAGACGUUGACAAAACCACACAUCCUGUAUACUGUCAAACGUAACAAUAAAAUUAGUUAACAUAUAUUGCUGCAAUUUAGUCCAAAUAUUGUGACGUUUUUUGUAUUGGUACUAUUUUGAAGUUGAAAGGAAAUGGCCUUUUGUUCUUGUUGUUGUUUUUUUUAAUGAAAAUGAAUCGUAAAUUCGCUAUAGAUGGUGACUGAAAAAUUAUGUUCCUAAAGUAUGAAAAACUUCGCAAUAAAAUGUAGUAUAAGAGUCUCAAUACAAAAAACGUAACCUACACAUAUAAUAUAUAAUUAAUAUGAUAUUAUUUUCUAUGAAAUUACGUUAAAUAUAUCAAAAGGCGAGCGACCUAUAGAAUGAUUUAGCAAAUAUAUACACUAUAUAAAUAUAUAUAAAUCAAAUAAAUAGAAAUAGUAACAACAGGUUGUAUAUCAUAGUGCGUUACAUAAUUAUAAUCUUAAUAUUCUAAUAUUGUAGAACUCCAAUAGUUUGUACCGCUAAACAGGUGUUGCCUUAUUACAAAAAGAGUUUUAUUAAAAACGAUAUAAAGUUCAAAAUACCAAAAAAGAACUGGCUCGUAGAUUUAAAGUCCCACUACUUACCAGCCAGGUAUAAUAGGCUCCAAAUAACUUUGCAACUCUAAAGUUAGCUAUAUCACACCUCACACAAACGCAGUAGUGUUUCGGAUGGCACGUUAAACUGUAGGUCCCGGCUGUCAUUGAACAUCCUUGGCAGUUGGUAAGGGUAGUCAAAAGCCAGUAAGUCUGACACCAGUCUAACCAAAGAGUAUCGGGUUGCCCGGGUAACUGGGUUGAGGAGGUCAGAUAGGCAGUCGCUUCUUGUAAAGCACUGGUACUCAGCUGAAUCCGGUUAGACUGGAAGCAGACCCCAACAUUAUUGGGAAAAAGGCUAGGAGGAUGAUCACAAGCGCAGUAGUGUUCUUGACUGUUGUAAAGUCAACAGUAGCCAAUUACGGACAAGCUAAGUUACUUAAUACAAUGUCUACGUCAAAAUGUGCAAGAAGUAAUGCCUAACUUCAGAGUUGAAAAGUUAUUUGGUGUGAACUACAAGACAAGUAUUGCUGGUACUAUAGGAUUUUCAGCUUGACUCUGAUACUUUUUCAAAAAUUACUACCAGCUCUUCUUUUUGUAGCUUUAUAAAUACAAAAAAAUUACUAACAGAAUCUGUUGAUUGGAUUUUAUUUUAAUUUAUUAAUAUGUGAAUGGUCUGAUUUAUUAUAUUUCUAAUAUAUCAUAUUUAAUUUGUCAACAAAUGUGAACUCCCGACUGUGGAUGGAUUUGCAUUAGAAAAAACAUGCAAUAUUAAAUGUUAUUUCAUAUAUUUUUCUAUGAGUUGCUCAUUCGUAUUGUUUUAACCCUAUUAUUACAUAAUUGCAUGCAUUACUUUUUACGGUAAUAAUUGUACUAGAUUCAUGUUUACAAAAUUAAGAAGGAAAGAUUGAGAAUCGAAAUGACGAAAUCUAAAUACCUAUUAUAUACCAUUAUCAAGCUUCAUAAAUGUGUACUUUGAUUAACGAGGCCUUUUAAAAAUUAUAGCAAUAUGUAUUUAACAUGGACAAUUAAUAAUAAGCAAAUAGUUAUUAUUUUAUUUAUUUAUAUUAAUUAAUUAAUUAAUAUUAAUACAAUUUUCUGUAUGUUAUUCUUCUGAUUUACAAGUUUUCUUAAUGAAUACAUUAUAUAAAUGAU